AUGAUACACGUCACCCUUUUUCUGACCCUGCUAAUAUCGACAGUCUUUCCUAUAGAUGAUGAUGAUGAUGAUGACGACAACGAUGAUGAGUGUAAUGCCACAACAUUCCGCGUAACUGUUCAAGAUGAUAAUAGCAUCGUUGUCUCUUUAGAAGCUUCAGAUGUCACGAGUCCAUCAUCUGUGUAUGUCGUGAAGAUAACGGGGGAAUCAAAAAAUUACUUCUUCGAAUUUGAGGAAUUCAACAGCACUUUGCCUCCUCCUGUUACCUUUAAGGCUAAUUAUCAUGGCCUUUAUUACAUAAUCACUCUGGUAGUGGUAAAUGGAAAUGUGGUUACCAAGCCAUCCAGAUCAAUCACUGUGUUAACAAAACCCCUACCUGUAACCAGUGUUUCAAUAUAUGACUAUAAGCCUUCUCCUGAAACAGGAGUCCUGUUUGAAAUUCAUUAUCCAGAAAAAUAUAAUGUUUUCACAAGAGUAAACAUAAGCUACUGGGAAGGUAAAGACUUCCGAACAAUGCUAUAUAAAGAUUUCUUUAAGGGAAAAACAGUAUUUAAUCACUGGCUGCCAGGAAUAUGUUAUAGUAAUAUCACUUUUCAGCUGGUAUCCGAGGCAACUUUUAAUAAAAGUACUCUUGUGGAGUACAGUGGAGUCAGUCAUGAACCCAAACAACAUAGAACUGCCCCGUACCCACCUCGAAAUAUCUCAGUUCGCAUUGUAAACUUGAACAAGAACAAUUGGGAAGAGCAGAGUGGCAGUUUCCCAGAGGAAUCCUUCAUGAGAUCACAAGAUACAAUGGGAAAAGACAGACUCUUCCGUUUUACAGACGAAACCCCAGAAAUGCCCUCUGGCAACAUUUCUUCUGGUUGGCCUGAUUUUAACAGCAGUGACUACGAAACUACAUCCCAGCCGUACUGGUGGGGCAGCGCAUCAACAGCUCCUGAAAGCGAAGAUGACUUUGUCAGCGUACUUCCCGUGGAGUAUGAACAUAACAGUACACUCGGUGACACUGAGAAAUCAACAUCAGGCUCCUUCUCAUUUUUUCCUGUACAAAUGAUUUUGAACUGGUUACCACCCAAACCACCCACUGCCUUUGAUGGGUUCCAUAUCCACAUAGAAAGAGAAGAAAACUUUACUGAAUAUUUGACAGUGGAUGAAGAAGCGCAUGAAUUUGUCGCAGAGCUGAAGGAGCCUGGGAAAUAUAAGUUAUCUGUAACAACUUUUAGCUCCUCAGGAUCUUGUGAAACUCGAAAAAGUCAGUCAGCAAAAUCACUCAGUUUUUAUAUCAGCCCGUCAGGAGAGUGGAUCGAAGAACUGACUGAGAAGCCCCAGCAUGUGAGCGUCCACGUUUUAAGCUCAACCACCGCUUUGAUGUCCUGGACGUCUUCCCAAGAGAACUACAAUGGCACCAUCGUGUCUGUCGUGUCACUCACCUGCCAGAAACAAAAGGAGAGCCAGAGGCUAGAAAAGCAGUACUGCACUCAGGUGAACUCAAGCAAAUCUAUCAUUGAAAAUCUGGUUCCCGGUGCCCAGUACCAGGUCGUGAUGUAUCUAAGAAAAGGCCCUUUGAUUGGCCCACCUUCAGAUCCUGUGACAUUUGCUAUCGUUCCAACAGGAAUAAAGGAUUUAAUGCUCUAUCCCUUGGGUCCUACGGCAGUGGUUCUGAGCUGGAGCAGACCUUACUUAGGAGUGUUCAGAAAAUAUGUAGUUGAAAUGUUUUAUUUCAACCCUGCAACAAUGACAUCAGAGUGGACAACAUACUAUGAAAUAGCAGCGACUAUCUCCUUAACUGCAUCAGUGAGGAUAGCCAAUCUGCUGCCAGCAUGGUACUACAACUUUCGAGUUACCAUGGUAACAUGGGGAGACCCAGAACUGAGCUGUUGCGACAGCUCCACCAUAAGCUUCAUAACAGCCCCAGUUGCUCCAGAAAUCACAUCUGUGGAGUAUUUCAACAGUCUGUUAUAUAUCAGUUGGACAUAUGGGGACGACACAACUGACCUCUCCCAUUCUAGAAUGUUACACUGGAUGGUUGUUGCAGAAGGAAAGAAGAAAAUUAAAAAGAGUGUAACACGCAAUGUCAUGACUGCGAUUCUCAGUCUGCCUCCAGGAGAUAUCUACAACCUCUCAGUAACCGCUUGCACCGAAAGAGGAAGUAAUACCUCCAUGCUCCGCCUUGUCAAGCUAGAACCAGCUCCUCCAAAAUCACUCUUUGCCGUGAAUAAAACCCAGACUUCAGUGACUUUGCUGUGGGUGGAAGAGGGAGUAGCUGAUUUCUUUGAAGUCUUUUGUCAACAAGUUGGCUCUAGUCAAGAAACCAAACUCCAGGAACCGAUUUCUGUUUCCUCUCACGUUGUAACCAUCUCCAGCCUCCUUCCUGCCACUGCCUACAACUGUAGUGUCACCAGCUUCAGCCACGACAGCCCCAGUGUCCCCACAUUCAUCGCUGUCUCCACAAUGGUGACAGAGAUGAACCCCAACGUGGUGGUCAUCUCCGUGCUGGCCAUCCUCAGCACGCUGUUAAUUGGACUGCUGCUCGUGACCCUUAUAAUUCUUAGGAAAAAACAUCUGCAGAUGGCAAGGGAAUGUGGAGCAGGAACUUUUGUCAAUUUUGCAUCUUUGGAGAGGGAUGGAAAGCUUCCAUACAAUUGGCGUAGGAGUAUAUUUGCUUUCUUAACCCUGCUACCCUCAUGUCUUUGGACUGAUUAUCUUUUGGCAUUUUAUAUUAAUCCUUGGAGUAAAAAUGGUUUAAAGAAGAGGAAACUGACUAACCCAGUUCAACUGGAUGACUUUGAUGCCUACAUCAAGGAUAUGGCCAAAGACUCUGACUAUAAAUUUUCUCUUCAAUUUGAGGAGUUAAAAUUGAUUGGACUGGACAUUCCACAUUUUGCUGCAGACCUUCCACUGAACCGAUGUAAAAAUCGCUACACAAACAUCCUACCAUAUGACUUUAGCCGAGUGAGAUUAGUCUCCAUGAAUGAAGAGGAAGGCGCAGACUAUAUCAAUGCCAACUAUAUUCCUGGAUACAACUCACCCCAGGAGUAUAUUGCCACACAGGGGCCACUGCCUGAAACCAGAAAUGACUUUUGGAAGAUGGUCCUACAACAGAAGUCCCAGAUUAUUGUCAUGCUCACUCAGUGUAAUGAGAAAAGAAGGGUGAAAUGUGACCAUUACUGGCCGUUCACGGAAGAACCCAUAGCUUAUGGGGACAUCACCGUGGAGAUGAUGUCAGAGGAAGAACGGGAAGACUGGGCCUGCAGACACUUCCGGAUCAACUAUGCUGACGAGAUGCAGGAUGUGAUGCAUUUCAACUACACGGCGUGGCCUGAUCACGGUGUGCCCACAGCAAAUGCUGCAGAAAGUAUCCUUCAGUUUGUACACGUGGUUCGACAGCAAGCUACCAAGAGCAAAGGCCCCAUGAUCGUGCACUGCAGUGCUGGAGUGGGACGGACAGGAACAUUCAUUGCCCUGGACAGGCUCUUGCAGCACAUUCGGGAUCACGAGUUUGUCGACAUCUUAGGGCUGGUGUCCGAAAUGCGAUCAUACCGGAUGUCCAUGGUGCAGACGGAGGAGCAGUACAUUUUUAUCCAUCAGUGUGUGCAGCUGAUGUGGACGAAGAAGAAACAACAGUUCUGCAUCAGUGACGUCAUCUACGAGAAUGUUAGCAAGUCCUAGUUCAGAACCCGGAGCAGACAGGACAUGGUGUGCACCCAUCCUCCCUUGCUUCCUGAGUUUUUUAGGGGCGCUGCUAGCCAUUUUGCUAAGAAGAGCCCCUGCUUUGUAGUAUGUGGCCAAGGAGAUAAUUUAUCUCAUUGAAGCACCGGGAAGACUUAGCCUUAAAGAGCCUCCAGUGUCUUUUGGACUCUUUUACUUCUGGACAUUGAAUAACGGACCACAUUCAACUGAACACCAGAAAGGUCCAGACGCUCUGCAAAGGGCAGGAAGCACAGCACUUCCGAAGAAGAGUUUUCUUGGCCCUUGGCUGGUUGGGCUGAGUUUUUGUUGUUGUUGUUUCUAAGUGCAAUAAUUUUUGUAUGUGUGAUUUUAUCAGGAAGUUGAAUUGUUUUCUACCCACAUGACCGAUCAAGCCCGUAGCCCAAGAGGGAACAGGCAUUGUUAGUAUCAAAUUAUACCUCAUUGUUAAAAAGCGGCAUGGCCACACAUGAGGAAAUGGUAAUUCUGCUUCACGGAAAUUGAACUGGCAAAAUCUGUACUCCGACAUUCAGAU